CCUGUGGGUUGCUCACUGUACGUUUUGCUCGCAUUACGGCCAAUUCGUUCGACGAUGGCCCCUACAUCAGUUUUGCCGUAUUUUGCUAUUCGUCUAGUGAAUAUUAGCUGACAUGUUUUCUAUGUUUCGUGGACUUUAUGAAUGGUGAACGUAUUAUUCCUGCAAGUUUCACACGAGACACGUAUGUCGGCAGAUAUUGUAACUUUCAGAACAGUGCCGCGUAAAAGCUCGCGUUUGGCGGAGAUGCGGAAACAUCAUGGCACCAUCAGAAUGGAGCCGGUGCCGGAGACUGGAGGCAUGUUCAAAAUCACACAAAUACGAUCCGGGGAUAUGUCGGGUGACAUCGUGUCUCCGGGUGCACAAGGAGUAUUCAGGCAGAAAUCGUUCGGAGCAUGCGAUCGUCAGAUAACCGCAUUGUCGUCAUAUGCGCGAGCCGCACGCCUCUCGAUCGGAACAGCCGCGGCAGGUAUCGGAAAUUUAUUCACUCGCAAAAUGGCGACUACUGCAAACAACUUGUGUCCAUGGCCCAAUAGUCAGGAUGAUUAUGAAUUACGAGAUGUUAUUGGUGUUGGGGCCACAGCAGUGGUCCAUGCGGCUUUCUGUAAGCCGCGUAGUGAGAAAUGUGCCAUAAAACGUAUUAAUUUAGAGAAAUGGAAUACAUCCAUGGAUGAACUACUAAAGGAGAUACAGGCUAUGUCAAGUUGUAAUCAUGAAAAUGUUGUGACAUAUUAUACAAGUUUCGUAGUGCAUGAUGAAUUAUGGUUGGUGCUGAAGCUUCUUGAAGGUGGCAGUUUGCUAGAUGUGAUAAAACAUAAGAUGAAAGUUGCAAACUGCAAGCAUGGUGUGUUUGAUGAGGCAACUAUUGCCACAGUUCUUAAAGAGGUCCUUAGAGGAUUAGAAUAUUUUCAUAGUAACGGACAAAUUCACAGGGAUAUAAAGGCUGGAAAUAUAUUGUUAGGAGAAGAUGGUACCGUACAAAUUGCUGAUUUUGGCGUGUCCGCGUGGCUGGCCACGGGCAGAGAUAUAUCUAGACAAAAAGUUAGACACACGUUUGUGGGGACUCCUUGUUGGAUGGCCCCAGAAGUUAUGGAACAAGACCAUGGAUACGAUUUUAAAGCGGACAUUUGGUCUUUUGGUAUAACCGCCAUAGAAAUGGCAACGGGAACGGCGCCCUACCAUAAAUAUCCACCAAUGAAGGUGCUCAUGUUAACUUUGCAGAAUGACCCACCCAAUCUGGACACAGGCGCUGAUGAGAAAGAGCAAUACAAAGCUUAUGGAAAGACCUUUAGGAAAAUGAUAAUUGAUUGUUUGCAAAAAGAUCCAUCAAAGAGGCCGACUGCUACUGAACUACUGAAACACCCGUUCUUUAAGAAAGCGAAGGACAGAAAGUAUUUAACACAGACGUUGGUUGCUAUUGGACCUAGUAUGGAAACUAGGGUGCAUAAGGCAAGCAAACGUCAAACGGGUGCCUCUGGCAGGCUACACCGCACGGUGACCGGUGAGUGGGUGUGGAGCGAGGAGGAGGAGGAGCCGGCUCCCGAAGCACCGGAGUCUGAUGAGGACGUGUCGCCAAACGCCGAAGACAAGAGGCCUAUGAACCAGCUGCAGAAGGCCGACUCGAGUGGCAGCGAUAAUGAAGGCGGGGAAGAGGAGCCACGACCGAAAGCAGAGGAUGCGAAGAAACGUAAUCUAACUGCGGAUGGGGAGCCGCCUGUCAUUAACUUAGUAUUGCGAUUAAGGAACUCGCGCCGCGAACUGAACGAUAUUCGUUUCGAGUUUAUUAUUGGCAAGGAUACGGCUGAGGGUAUUGCGAUGGAGCUGGUGUGCGCUGGUCUGGUGGACCCUCACGACUCUGUGCCGAUAUCGAUGAACUUAGAGAAACUAUUGGACGCCCAAGUCACCGCUCAAGUUACCGCGCCUCCCAAGGCGGUUACAUUCCAUUUGAACUCGGCUGGUCCCAACGAACAGUUCGACGACAAAACGCUGAUAGGAUUCGCGCAAAUAUCAAUUAUCGAUUAAGGAAAGGCACAUCAGGGUUGAACAAUGUAGUUUCGGAGGCAUUGUGGUUGGCGGCCGGCGUCUAGCAAAAUGUACUUGUAUUUGUUUAUGGUGCUAAAAUGUGAAGGCUUCAAAAGAUGACGGUAGAUUUAUUUUUCAGCGAAUUCUGUGUUAAAAUUGGCCAUUAUUUUAUUUUCCACCGAGCCAAAGAAUUUUAGUCUUAAAACUUAAAUAAAAGCGUUGAUGUGUAGUUGGUAAGAUAUUUUUGUUGUCUUGUUACUAUAUGCGUCUGCAUAUUCAUAUUAUUAGUGAUUUUUUUCAUUGUAACUAACGAGUCGCUGUUAAUGUCCGUAAAAUCUGGUUAAUUUUAGGUCUAGAAAACUAUUACCAUACAUAUCUUCACGUGUUCCUUGCAUCGUAGAUUUAAACGCAAUAUUCCACCGUCUUUGAUAUUCUACCGGUUAGAUUUAUAAGUCCCUAAACAUACAUAAACAUUUAUUCAUGCAUUUUUUCUUAAUCUUUGUAUUAAUACACGAAAUACAACAUUGUUAAAAAAAAAUCGAUUAAAUGAGAGAACGUAAUUCUAUUUGAGAAAAAGACAAGCAUUACGAAAUCCUUCCCAAAAAUACCCCUAUUGAUUUGUACACUACAUCUUUGAGAAGUAGCGAAAAGUGGGCAAAUGUGUUUACGUAAUAUUUUACUGGUUUUUGGAAGCAAGCUUCUGAAGAAGAUUUCCUUUUCUUUCAUAUUUGCACCUUUAAAUUUCCCAUUUGCGCAGAAUGCAUAAUCAGGCUCUUAUUGGACGAGGAAGACCUCCGUUCACGUAGAAAUUUUGUGCCAAGAUGUAGUGAGCAUUUAAAAGUACUGAAUCUAUAUUUUACUACAUUUUAUUUCGAAGUUGGGAGUUUUUAAGCUUAUCCUAUCAAUUCUUAAUUACAAUACCUUAUGGCAAUUACAGAAACAUACCUAUUCCGGUCAAUUUUACCAUUACCAAAAUUAUUUUACUAAGUUACAUGGUUGUCCUUUCAAACUUGUAAGGUAGCCCAUAACUCUUUAGAAUGCCCUUCCGAAUCAUAAACACUCUCUCAUUUAGGAUUAAAUAACCCUUUACUCGAUAAUGUACUUUGAAAGUGGUGUUCUCUUUUUAAUCAUUUUGAUUUCUUUAGUCUCCCGCCUGCUUACGUUACCUGAUGUUCUCAACAGACGUAUAAUGUUGCAAUUUUAGUAACUCUUUUUUGGGAAAAUGAUUCUUUAACUUCCAUUGGUGUGGACGAGCGGGCGGUUUCAAUAUCAUUUCAGGCAUUUUGCUUAUAAGUAAGGAUUAAAUAGGUACACGAACGUUCUCUUAUGAGUUUUUUUGUAUUAUUAUUAUUAGUAGUUUGUGAACACUCAAUGGCUAUUUACAGGGAAAUGUCUCUCGUAUUUCAUUUUUUGUUCCUAUACUGAAUGAUUCUAAGUUCGGACAUAAUACUUGAACAGCGUUGUGUGUUAAGGUUUCUGUUUUCGCCGUGCGUUGGUGUGUUUACGUGUGACGAUGUUUAUAAACAUGUGGUCAUGCUUGGCUAGCAAGACUUCGAAUGAAUAACGAUUUCCAAGGCUAAUGCUAUGCAAGCAUACCCGUCUUUUUCCUUUUAAACGGAUAAAUUGCGAGAUUUUUGCCUGUAAAUAGUCAGUUAACGGCCCUAACACAUUGGACUCGCCCCAAAACUUCUGACUCCAAAAAUUAUUAGUUUAAAACGAAUUAUGUACAAAAAUUAAUCAUUUUAAUACGUAAUAUAUUUUGUUAUUGUUUAUACGAAUUAUGAACGUUUGGUUUCUUAAUAUUAUUAGAAUUUUAGUCAAGUAAAUUGGUUAUUUGUAUUUCAGAAGUAUACAUGCCUAUUAUUUAAGGUAAUGGUCGGUAAAUUAUACAUUUAUUUUAAUGCCAUAUUUUUCAUUGCACAUGACAUGAUUUUCGUGUUUUGGUGCUUAACUCAAAAUUUGCAUAUGUGGUAGUAAGAUAAAUAUUUUAAAUAUCAUUUUCUCGUAACAUACUCGUAACAUCAGUUUAGACUAUAGCCUAUAAAAUAUGUCUAGGAUUAAACAAAUUUCAGAUUUGCAUACAUGUUUGACUGUACUUGUAUGUCAGAUUAUUUCUUUUCCAUGAUCUGAAUGUAUGUAAAGUUAGGUUAGUGCAGUGGUGGUCUAAUCAACAUUAAAAAAAAAUGUGUAGAUCUUUACAUUCCUUUUGAUAUAAUUGUUACUUAAAUUUAGUUGUAGAAGCUUAUUGUCAAAGAAUAUGUAGUACUAUUAUAAUGUGUUCUCCUAUAAGGUCUUUUAUAAAAAUAUGGUGGUAGGAUUAAAAAUAUUUUCUACGUAAAGAAAAUGUAGGUUACACUUUUUGGGUAAAUGAGUGCGCUCAGCCUCUGGAUCUGAUAUUAUUGGUCUGUCUUCAAAAAUAUAUAUAUUUUAAUGUUGUAGAAAUAUUGGCUUCUUAUAUUUAACCUGAAAGCAUCCAUCUUCAAGUUUCAAUAAGCCCUUUUUAUUAUAAUCAACAUUGUCAGUAUUAGUUUGUACUUUGCCGUAGGAACUUCAAGUAUUAACAAUAUUUCAUACUAAUUCGCGUCAUGUAGGUUUUAUAUUGCGUUUGCUGAGUUCCUACAUUUUUUUAUGGUCACCACUGUCAUAGUAUUAUAAUGUAUUUGCACGUAGGUUUGUAACUGCACAGGUUUUAUUCGAUAUGUACCGAUAUGUUUGCACACUUAGUACCGUAUGAUUCAAGUUGUCUGUUUAUGUUUAAAUGAUUAAACAGUAUACAGACUUGUGUAAUGAGUCAAUAUUUAUCGUCGUUUAGCUAUAGUGAGGUCGGCGCAGGCGCCGUUCGAAAUGUGACAAAAUAAAAGACGAGCGCAAAAGCUUUGAAGACAACAUACUCUCAAAGAUUGAAGAACGCAAUCCGAUUUGUAAAUUAUUAAGACAAACUGAGGUCAAUGUGUUUGAUGUAUUGGGAAACUAUUUCCACUCACAGAAGAGAUUUUAAGCAAUAUCAUUGUAGUAGAUUAUUUCUUUGAUGCUUUACUGAUCGGUAUCGUAGCUUUGUGUUGCGCUUGACCUCGAUACAGACACACAGAGAGUUAAGAUUCGGUUUUCAAUUAUCACAGAAAAUCAGCGUUAUGAUGUAUAAAACCCCCUGGUGGAAAUUUGCUGAAAUGGCUUAUAAAUGUGAUUGUGUUCUCCAACUUUUCUUGCUAAUUUCGUCAAAGGCGUGAAGGCAAUAGGUCUUCUAACUGUUUAUGCAUCAAAAUAAGUUUUUCGCCUUCGUCAAACUUGUCUUGUCAAGUUUACUCUUAAUUAAAGGACUUUCCUGAUUUAACAUUAAUAUUUCAGCUCUAAUUGUAUGAACAGAUGGCCAUAAUGAGAACUAAGAGUUAAUAUUAAUUUUGAAUAAACGUCGUUGUAAUUACUCAUAGGCCUAUGAAGAAUUAUGAAUCAUCUAGUAAUAAUAUAUACGAGAUUUUUGAAGUAUUAUUUUCUACAAUCAAUUAAUUAUUAUUGUAUAAUUUACUAAUUAUAGUAUCAGACGUACUUCCAUUAUAUGUAUAUGCAUAUACAGGGUUAUUAAAUUACUAAAAAUCUUUUGUUAAUAUAGUUUGCUUUUGGGCUUGUUACCGACACUGUAAAUUGAACCUUAUAUCUACUUUAUUAAUUAUGUUUCUUGUUUGUAAGCAUAUCUUUAUACCGAAACAUAGUAUCGUGGUGUCAAAUUGAUUUUUGGGAAAUAAAUGAGAAAUUAUACGAGUUUUUAAUGUUAUUUUUAGUGAUUUAUGGUUGUAUACAUGCUUGGAGCGUAAGUGAUGUCCCAAUAAUUGUCAUGUGUUACUAACUAUGCAAUGUGUGUACAAAUAUACUAAUGGUCUAUCUAUUAAUACUUUCUCCUACUUUUAAAUUUAAUUUCCUUUAUCAGUUUAGUUGUAAGAGAUAGGAUUUACCCUAAUAAGGCUGGCCUAAUGUGUAAGUAGGUAAAUAGUGACGCUUGAACUAUCGUAAAUCUUGGUGAUUUGAUUACAACUAUAGUUAGGUGGCGUAUCACACGAAGACUGUUUGGAUUAGUUGAAAAAUAUUGAUAUUGAUUGAAGAAAUGAUCCGGGGCCGACUACCACAUCUUAGAGAAAGACUGCGGUUAUGAAAGAGAGGUCGAUCUACACCAAGUAGUGCCUUUUCGCUUGACCUCGAUACAGACACACAGAGAGUUAAGAUUCGGUUUUCAAUUAUCACAGAAAAUCAGCGUUAUGAUGUAUAAAACCCCCUGGUGGAAAUUUGCUGAAAUGGCUUAUAAAUGUGAUUGUGUUCUCCAACUUUUCUUGCUAAUUUCGUCAAAGGCGUGAAGGCAAUAGGUCUUCUAACUGUUUAUGCAUCAAAAUAAGUUUUUCGCCUUCGUCAAACUUGUCUUGUCAAGUUUACUCUUAAUUAAAGGACUUUCCUGAUUUAACAUUAAUAUUUCAGCUCUAAUUGUAUGAACAGAUGGCCAUAAUGAGAAGUAAGAGUUAAUAUUAAUUUUGAAUAAACGUCGUUGUAAUUACUCAUAGGCCUAUGAAGAAUUAUGAAUCAUCUAGUAAUAAUAUAUACGAGAUUUUUGAAGUAUUAUUUUCUACAAUCAAUUAAUUAUUAUUGUAUAAUUUACUAAUUAUAGUAUCAGACGUACUUCCAUUAUAUGUAUAUGCAUAUACAGGGUUAUUAAAUUACUAAAAAUCUUUUGUUAAUAUAGUUUGCUUUUGGGCUUGUUACCGACACUGUAAAUUGAACCUUAUAUCUACUUUAUUAAUUAUGUUUCUUGUUUGUAAGCAUAUCUUUAUACCGAAACAUAGUAUCGUGGUGUCAAAUUGAUUUUUGGGAAAUAAAUGAGAAAUUAUACGAG